GCGAAUAGCAUCUGUCUCAGCUGUCUGGGCAGUAAGCGAUCGUGCCUGCAAACCAUCCAGAUGCAACAUGCAAAAGACUGGACUUUACACUUUUAUAUACAAGACACCUACACAAAUCACCUUUUUCUUACAGCAAUAAUUGUUCCAAUGAAAUGGAACAUACGAAUGUAACAAGAUUUUUGCUCAGUAACUACAACAGAUUACGUUAAAGGGAGAUGAUGCAUACCUGGAAUUCAAGACCAUAUAUUACGGAUUUGAAAAACAGUAAAUGGAUAGUGAGGAGGCGCCAGUCCAGCGGCCAGUCACGUUGGACAUCAUGGUGGAGGAUGUCACCCAGGAGACUCCAUCCCCAGAUCCUCCAGCACCAACGAACAGUCAGACACCUGCCAGAGAUGACAUCCUGGCACAGGUAGAGAGCAUUGACCUAGAAGGAGACUUUGCAACACCCCAGGGAGACAGCAGUGCUUCACCCUCAGAAAGUCCAAUGGACAGGGUCAAUGAGCAAAUGAUGGAGAGUGUCAUUAUUUCAGAUUCACCUAAUAACAGUGAGGAGGAUGAUGUUGCUCCCAUUGAUUUAUUCCUCGAUGGCGGAGAUCAUGAAGGAAGUGAUGGCGAAGUACAAGAGGGGAAUGAAAGCUUCAUAUCAUGUGACACUGACAACCAAACUGACUCAAUACAGAUUGUGACUGAGACUGUAAUUUCUGAUGUCCACCAAGAAGAAGAGUCGGAGAAACAAGAGACAAACUCAACGGAGCAAACUCAUUCAUCUCACGUUGACACGCUGAGUCUAUCAAGUCAAAAGUGUGAGGAAACAUUGUUUGAAAAGGGGUCAAAUCUUAAAGAUGAACCAGUGCCAGUGUGUACUGUAUUUAGCCAGGGUAAGCAGCCAAAUUCACUGAUACCUGAUGGUUUCCAGCCCACCCUCAUCAAGAGUCCCAGUUUUAGCAUGGGGACUGGAGUGGUGAGUGAUGAAGCAGUAACCCCCAGCAAGAUGACCAUUCCACUCGUAUGCCAGCCCAGCCCAAGCCUGAGCAAAUUCUUCAGUGACAAUGGACAGGCCAAUGCAGCCUCAGACUUUUUUGAUUCCUUCAUGGCCCCCUCCUCUUUCAUCUCAGUUUCCAACCCCAAUGCAGCGAUCCAUCCAUGCUCAACAGCAGCACCUGGAGCUACGGACCCCCACCAGUUUUCUUCUACUGCCACCUCCAGCACUACCCAAGGUGCACCCACCCCUAAUUCAGAACAUAUUUCUGCCGGUCCAGAAUUAACAGCCAAGCCUCAACUUCCUCCAUCGCAAACAUUACCAUCUCCAAGUCAUCCACCUUCCUCAGCUCCUGUCACUCAGCCACAGCCUUUCAACCAGCUUCAGGCUGUAUUUUCGGGAAGUGAUGAUGCAUUCGCAACAGCAUUGAACCUGAGCGAGGUGGACAGACGCCAUGAUGCAUGGCUGCCAUCUGAAGAAACAAGGAAGUCAUUGCUUUCCAUGGCCACACUGCAACAUAGCCCAUCGUAUGCAGAGAGCAAAAGACUCACAAUGCCAGGUCUCAAGUUUGACAACCUUCAGGGUGACGCUGUAAAAGAUUUAAUGCUUCGAUUCUUGGGCGAGCAAGCAGCCAUGAAACGACAAGUUCUCACUGCCAGCUCUGUGGAACAGUCCUUCCUGGGUCUCAAACAACUGAUUAGCAGUAAGAACUGGCGAGCUGCUGUUGAUUUGACAGGCCGUCUUUUGACAAGUCAUGGCCAGGGAUAUGGUAAAGCAGGACAGCUGACUUCCCAUACCACGAACUCACUCCAGCUUUGGUUUGUACGUUUGGCUCUUCUCACCAAGCUGAACCUCUUCCAAAAUGCAGAGCUGGAAUUUGAAUCUUUUGGUGAUCUGGAUCAGCCAGACCUCUUUUACGAGUAUUACCCAACUAUAUAUCCCGGGAGAAGAGGAUCCAUGGUGCCAUUCUCCAUGCGGUUACUGCAUGCAGAGCUUCCCCAGCACCUGGCUAAGCCCCAGGAGGCUCUGGACCGCCUGCACAAUCUCAAAACUGUCUGCCUCACAAUCGUGGAGAACUUGGAGAAAGGCUUGGCUGAGGAUGGCAGCAUGAUCACCUUAACAGAGGAAAAUAGGCAAGAAUCUCUGAAGCUGUGGAAAUCUCGUCUCAGUCGAGUCCUCUACUCCAUGGCCAACUGUCUACUGUUGAUGAAGGACUAUGUUUUGGCUGUAGAGGUUUAUCACUCAAUCAUCCAGUAUGAACCCCAGCAGAGAGCACAGCUGUUAAGUGGCAUAGGACGCCUCUUCUUGCAGAUUGGAGACAUUAAAACAGCUGAAAUGUAUUUCUGCGAUGUUGAGAAAACAUGCCAGAUUCCGGACAGCGAGCCCAGCCUCACAACAUGUGUGCUGAUGAACAGGGCAUUUGUCUACCUCAGUCAGAACAACUAUGCUGAAGCACAUGCAUCCUUUAUGGAAGUUUUAAAGAUGGAUCCAAAAAACCCUGUUGCCAACAACAACGCAGCAGUGUGCUUGCUGUACCUGGGCCGGCUCAAGGAGUCUCUGGGCAAACUUGAAGGCCUGGUGCAGCAGGACCCAGCCCUCUACCUCCACGAGAGCGUCCUCUUUAACCUGACCACUAUGUAUGAACUAGAAUCUUCACGAAGCACCCAAAAGAAGCAGGCACUGCUGGAGGCUGUAGCCUGCCGGGAAGGGGACAGCUUCAACACGCAAUGCCUCAAACUGGUUUGAAAAAACUAGAACUGGUGUAUGAGCACAUGUUCUACUGUACCCCUCCCAAAUGGGCCUUGUUCCUACAAGAAAAGUGACUGUUCAGUGCUAGGAUUGGGUUCUCAAAAGCAUAUGUACAUCGUCAAUGGCAUUACUUUCUUUCUACCCUAAGACAGAACAGCAUCUUUAGACAGAAUUGUGACUUUACAGUCAACUAAGAGAAAUGCUUUGUAAAAUGGGAAAUAUGUUAGUUGACCUUUUCUGUAUUUGAAGGCUUUUUUUCAUAUGGUGUUAUACCUGUUAAAACCUAAAUGUUCAAAUCAGUUUUUCCAGUGACACCUUGAAUUGACCUAGUUGGCAAAUCAAGAUUGGUUGGAAAAUUCAGCAAAAAUAUCAUUAAAGUAUCUAUGUAUGUAUGUUCUAAUUCAAUCAACUAGGCAUUAAAGUAACACUUCAGCUCGACUAGGGGUGUGCCAUCUUAGGCACCCCACGAUUCGAUUCCAUUGCGAUUCAGGGCGCUACGAUUUGGUUACUGAACGAAGAUCACGGUAUUGACGAUGAUCGCGGUUAUCGCGAUUAUCAAGACUGUCACGAUUAUCGAUGCACCAUACAUUACUAAUUAAUACAGUAACAAAUUCAUGUCCAUUAUUUAUUUAAAAUAUCCUAAUGAUUCAACAGGAACGAUGGAAACAUGCCCAUACAACAAAAAGCUGCCCUUAAGCUGCUUUUUUAUUUAAUUUUUUUUUUUUUUUUUUUUUUUUUUUUUUUUUUUUACAAAUAAGUACAAAAACAACCAUUUUAAAGGGAGUACUUAUUUCUCUCAACAAUACAAUCAAAUUUACACAGGUGGAAUCGUAAUCAAAUCGUCACGUGUCAAAUCACGAUGCAUGUAAUAAUCGAUUUUUUUGGAACUCCUCUAAGCUCUACCAUAUUUUGAUAAAGUUGUGGAGCACAGCGCGCAAGACUUUGUGUGGAAGGUCUUGCCCCAGGAUUCCACCAUGUGCACAACGGCUCCGCUCCACUGCUGCGUGGCGUGCGGCUCAAAAAACAAAAGCAUACAGCAUCAACCAGAUCUGAUCCACAUGAUUGAUUACGGAUAUUCCUCGCGUAACUGGACGAGAUUUUGUGAUACCUUGAAUGAGAUCAGGGUUGAAAAUACCCUAAAAAGCCAAGCAUUCACAAAACACAUCCCAGUUUUGUUUCAGCGACAUGCAUUUCAGUUGAGCAAAAUCUGUCAGUUCAUUCCAAAGAUUGAGGAUAAAUAAAGGAGAAGUAAAACGUUUAAAUCAUUUCUGCCGGACAGCUAUUGCUGUACUUACACUGAUGCUCUUUUCCCGUGAAGAAUAUUUUUAUUUUAAAAUCAACUGGAGCUUUUACUCUGUAGCUGCAUCAAUUUUCACUGUCACUCAUGCUGCAUUGCGCUGAAUUGAUGCGGUUUGGCUGCUGCGUGUCAAAAAUGGAACCCUUCCGUAACUGAUCCACCCACCGGAGCAGUUUCACAGCAAAGCCUCACGGCGAACCCAUUGGGUGGAAUCAUGCACGUUGAUUACUAUAAUGUUCAUGUAUUUCAUCUGGCUACCACGUUGAGCUGUGUGUGCAGUGUAAUUUAGCCUUUAUAGUAUGUUGCUAGUGGUUGGCCAAAAAGUACCAUGUUCUUCAGUUAAAGAUGUUCUUGGUUUUUAUUUGGUCAUUUAGCUGAUGAAUUUGUUUGAGUACAUUUUUAGAAGGUUUAUGAGUUUACUGUACAUGGAUGAGUUCCAUGCAUUACAUGAAGGACAGAGUACAGUAAUUGCACCACACUAGUUCAGACCAUUGAUGCUAAGCCAGCUGACUUCGUCCAUAAUUAUGUCUAUGGCUGGAGGCGGUGCUAUGUUAUAGCCCAGUGGUCAUAUGAUCAGAAGCCUGAAAACAAGCACCAGCGUCAAUUGUGAUCAGUAUAUGGCGGAAAACACUCAAUUGACUUGAACUUCCGCAUAAGACCCCCAAUUUGGCCAACUUUCAAAAUUGUUUGAUAUGCAUGUGUGGUACAUCAUUGGAAAGCUUAAAAUCUCAAUUUUCUGUGGGAAGAAAUUUUUUUGAACAGGAGGGCAUUUAAAAAAAAAAAAAAAAAAAAAAAAUGUUUUUUAAACUACAAAACACUAUCUGGAGGCGAGAGCACACGAGAGCAGAAUUACAGACGCCAUGACUUUAACGGGAUAUUAUCGCGUACUUACCUUGUUUCGAUCCAAAAACUCCAUGUAGCAUUGAGUGUCAAGACACAGCUGUGAAUGGCCACAGCUAGAUUUUUGGGGAAUUUUAUGGGUGAAACAUGGUAAUAUAACAAGGGUCGCGAUGCAGAAAUCGCAGACAUCAAGGAGUGGUCGAGAUUUUCAUAUACAGUAUUUACCCUUUUAAUUUUUUUUUUUUUAUCUCUGUUUGGAUCAGUUAUUUAUCAUCUAACAUAUCGGAGAAAUGCGACAGUAACCAAAAAAAAAAAAAAAAAGCGAGUUUUUUUUUUAAACAUGAAAUAUGAUACAUCAAUGAUUCUAAGCUAAAAACGACAGACAUUUGAAUAAUAUAAUUACCUUCGUUUUAUGGCUGGGUUGAAACAAAAGCGGUUGCGCGACGUCUGUAAACGGGGGUUUUCAGGGUAAAACGGUCAAAUUAAAAAUAGUUUGGGGGCUGAAUGCGCCAUGAAUCUGCUAUGGCAGCAUAUAGACAUAUUGUUCUAUCAAAUACAACAGUUCUUUUGGUUUAAAUUACAGCAGUUUAUUUUAAAGAGGGGCGCAAGACCAGAAACUGCUUUUUCAGCCUUGUCUGUGUUUUCCGCCAUAUAUCAAAGACAGUCCAGGUUUUUUCCACCUUAAAUUGGUUAAUAAAUAUUAGCCUCAGUAGAGAGGCUAUAGAAACCAACAAAGUGGCCCAAUGUCUAGUUUCCUGUUCUCAUGUAUUUGAUUUCCUCUUUAUAAUGUUUGAAGCAAACAUUAUUACAUUUCAAGAAAUACACCAUCUUUAAUAGGUCCAAUACGAGGCCUCCAUUUUUUUCAAAGUUUUAAUAGCUGCCCUGCCUCCCCCAAGUUCUGGAACGCUGUCCCUACAAAAUGUUAAAGGACUGCAACAAACAGAUCGUUUUUCUUUUAGUCAGUUGUUGUUCAGUUUUCAAGACGGGCAUUAUACUGAGAUGAUACUCACUAUGCUUCAAGUCUAAUGAGCUUGCACUGCUUGGGUCCUUUUGAAACUUUUCCUCUAAGCACACACCCAUAAUACUGUACUGGAUUAACUGUCUAAUGGCACUCCAAUUGUACAAUAUAAAUAAUCUACUGCAAUUAAUUGUAAAAUACCCUGAGUGUAAUCCUGCGGGUGAAUGUGGUGGGAGUUGGGAGCAGACCUGAAAAAUUAUACACUCCUGUUCAAAUGCCAGAUUGUUAUGAUGCACAGUUGUAUUCUGGUCCAGAACUCCUUUGUGGUGCUGUCUGUUGCUAUUCAAUAUUUUUGGUGGUUAUAACAAAUACAUAGUUUAUUUUCAAUGUGUGUCAUCUAUUGGCAAAAGAGGGGAAAACAUGUACAGAAUUUAUCAAAUGAAAUCAGGAUUCAAAAUAUUGAUCUCUAAAAUUUAACUUUUAACCUGUAUACAUUUUUUAAAAUACAUAUGGUUAAGUGGUUAAUCUUGGGAUUUAUCGGUGAAAAAAACCUGGCAUUGUAACAGGGGUGUGUAGACUAUAUGCUGUUUGUAUGUAUAUACAUAAAUUAAAAGAUAUCAAAAUAAUUUUAUUAUCAUUAUUGCAUUCUGAAAAGAACAUGAUGAUUCAAUGUUACUGUUUCCACAUUGUACUGAUCAUAAUUAAGGAAUGUCUUAACCUUUUAAUUUAAAAAAAAAAAAAAAGUAAAGUAAACUAGACCUAUGCAAACAAUUCUUAGAGUGACUACAAUGAUUCGUGGGGGGGGAAUAUGCAUUGCAUGUACCGUACAUAUGAAUAUGUUGCUUCAAUAUUAUGACAAACAUGAAGUACAUUAUGAAACAAAACUACUGCAGGGUUGUGUUGGAAAGUUUCCAGUAAAAAUUCUCUUGCAUUAAGUUAUGGCACAGAUGCUUUGAUUUCAACCUACAUUGAUUUUAUUUAUUUUUUAGCAUUUCUGCAGGGAAGCCAUAUAUUUCUUUCGAAUCUCAUAGUCAUCUGCUGGCCUGUUGUAGGCUUUCCACACUGGUUCCCCGACGAACAGCCUCAUAGCCUUAGUGUAAUUCUAUGGAGAAAAAAAAAUACAAUUAGUGAUUGGGAUUUUCUAGAUGUGGUUUCACUUCAAGGUGUACUGGCACUCAAAGACAAAAAAAUGAACCAUUCAAUUAGGGCUGCAGCUAUCGAUUAUUUUAGUAGUCGAUUAAUCGAUUAACUAUUUAGUUCGAAUAAUCGAGUAAUCGGGUAAGGACCAUAAAAAAUUCAAAUACUUGAGCUGAGCUUGAGUUGGCUAACUUACAUAGCAAAAGUCCGCUAGCUUAAAUGCUAUAAAAUGCUAACGUUUUUUUACAAUGCUCUUAACGAAUGGUUCAGACACAUAUUCCCACAAAAAAUGGUUAAAUAUACCAAUAAACUAAAUUACGAAAUCAUUAAAAAAAAACAUUAGCUCAAACAAAAACUUAGCUUAUGUCGGUCUUAAUAGGGAGCAGAUGGAUUCAGCCACGUGAAAUGAGGUAGACUAGAGGGCAGUGUAUCCACCCAAAUCAAUCAAACUAAAUGCAUACACUUUCAAAACAAACCAUUACAACGCCACUUUAAUUAAACGAAUACUCGAAGCAGCCAAAUUUAUUUUGAAUCUUUUUUUUCUAAUCGAAUACUCGAGUUAAUCGAUUAAUCGUUGCAGCCCUACUUCAAUGCGGUAUAAAGAUUUUAUUGAACCAUGAUUGCUGAAAGUAGGAAGGAAAAAUUUAUUGCAUACUUGAAAUGUUUAUACCUCAAUAUACAGUGCUGGCCAAAAGUAUUGGCACCCCUGCAAUUCUGUCAGAUAAUGCUCAAUUUCUGCCGGGACAUGAUUGCAAUUACAAAUGCUUUGGUAGUAAUAUCUUCAUUUAUUUUGCUUGCAAUGAAAAAAAAAAAAAAAACGAGAGUCCAAAAAAAAAAAAAAAAAAAAUCAUUAUCAUUUUACACAAAACUCCAAAAAUGGGCCGGACAAAAGUAUGACACCCUUUGAAAAAACGUGAUGCUUCUCUAAUUUGCGUAAUUGACAGCACCUGUUACUAACCUGUGGCACAUAACAGGGGGUGGCAAUAACAACUCUUGCAGCCAGUUAAAAUGGAUUAAAGUUGACUCAACCUCUGUCCUGUAUCACAUUGAGCAUAGAGACAAGAAAGAAGACCAAAGAACUUGAGAAGCAAAACUGUGACGAAGCAUGGGCACUCUCAAGGCUACAAGUCCAUCUCCAAAGACCUGAAUGUUCCUGUGUCUACCGUUCGAAGUGUCAUCAAUAAGUGUAAAGCCCAUGGCACUGUGGCUAACCUCCCUAGAUGUGGAUGGAAAAGAAAAAUUGAUGAGAGAUUUCGACGAAAGAUUGUGUGGAUGGUGGAUAAAGAACCUUGACUAACAUCCAAACAAGUUCAAGCUGUCCUGCAGUCCGAAGGCACAACAGUGUCAACCCGUACUAUCUGUCUGUGUCUGAAUGAAAAGGGACUCUAUGGUAAGAUACCCAGGAGGACCCCACUUCUGACCCAGAGACUUAAAAAGCCAGGCUUGAGUUUGCCUUAACCUGAGAAACGCAAAAACGUUUUGGAAGAAUGUUCUCCGGUCAGAUGAGACAAAAGUAGAGCUUUUUGGGAAAAGGCAUCAACAUAAAGUUUACAGGAAAAAAACGAGGCCUUCUAAGAAAAGAACACUGUCCCCACAGUCAAAUGUUGCG